CGUUGUUUCGGUGCAAAUUUCAAAUGCACUCGACAAACGAACGGGUAGUCGGGAAACUGCAGCUAGACUGACCCUAAACUAAUUAUACUGGUUUUGUGCGGAAAGAUUGGUUGCACCUAAACGACGAUUGUUUUAAAACAUUUCAGUUGUCUGCGGUGGCGAAAUGAGAGUGAGUGAAGUCCAUGCCGCAGAAUCUGUUGCCUACCUGAACAGAGCCCUGGUCAGGUUGCAGGAUAUCUGGGAGGAGAUUGGGAUUCCUGAAGAGCAGCGCCUGCAAAGAACCAAUGAUGUUCACAAGCACAUUAAAGGCUUGCUGGACCUCAUGAUUGCUGAGGAAGAGGAGCUCAAGAAGCGAGUAUUGAAAAGCAUAGAGUCUUGUCGCAAGGAACUCAGUAUUUUGUGUAGUGAGCUUCAGAUGCCCCCUUUUGAGGAGGAGGAUGGCUGCAGCAUGUUGCAGAUGGAGAAGAACAGCCGCACACGUCUGGAGGUGAUGAAGGAGCAAAAAAAGCAAAGAAUGGAGGAGCUUAAAAGCCUCGUUGGCAAAGACAGAGAGCUGUGUGAUAUUAUGUGCACUACCCCCUUUUGCAUCGAUCAAGACUCCGUACCGUCACUGACACAGCUAGAGAGUUUUCGGGCCUACCUCAAUGAUCUCACCAAAGAGAAGGAAUGUCGCCAUGAGGAAUUUGUGAGCAUCAAAAAGGAGAUCAGUGCAUGCAUGGAUGAUCUGGAGCAGCAGCCAGAGACCAGUUUUGAGAUGGAUGUGAUGUGUGAGGACGAGGAGGCAUUUUGUCUGUCGAAUGACAACAUUGCUGCCCUUAAACUCCUCCUUAGACAAUUAAAAGACCGCAAAGCUGAGAAGGAGCUCCUUUGUUCAGGUUACCGCACUAAGAUCCAAGAGCUGUGGGAGCGGCUUCAGAUUCCCCAAGAGGACAGGGAAGCCUUCUCAGAGCAUAUGAUCAAGUCAAAGAAGAGAAACAUUGAGGCACUCCAGGCUGAGGUCCAGCGUCUAGAGGUGCUGAAAAUGCAGAGCAUGCAAAGUGUCAUUGAGGCCAUCAGAGCAGAGAUUGCCCGCCUGUGGGAGAAAUGUUUCUACAGCCCCGAACAGCAGGAAGCUUUUGUUCCAUAUCACGAUGAUGAUUUCACAGAGGAGCUUCUCAAUCUGCACGAGGCUGAGGUCUCAACCUUGAAGAAAUGCUACGAGGACCACAAAGAUCUGUUUGAAGGAGUCACUAAAUGGCAGGACAACUGGAGCUUGUACUUAGAGCUUGAUAAAAAGGCUAAUGACCCUUCAAGGUUCAACAACAGAGGUGGGAACCUUCUGAAAGAAGAAAAGCAGAGAAGUGACCUGCAGAAAAGUUUGCCUAAGUUGGAAAAGAGUCUGAAGGCCCAAAUCGAUGCUUGGGAGCAGGAGCAUGGCAAGGAUUUCUUGGUGAAUGGACAGAAAUUUCUUGAGUAUGUGCAACAGCAGUGGGAUCAACAUCACAAUGAAAAGGAGAAGGAGAAACUUGAAAGGCACAUGAAGAAAACUAAGCAGAUACAGGAGGAAAUGCUGUAUGGAACAACAGUGAAAACACCAUCUAAAAGGAGGCUAGGAGGGACUCCCACUCCUGGAAAAAUUAAAAGGCUUAAUGGCACCUCGACUAUCUCCACUCCAACCAGCUUUCUGUGCUCAGGCCUCGGUGGCACCAUGUGCCAUUCUUCCACCCAGAAACCACCGCUGUCUGCUAUCAAGGGUCUUGGCCUGCGAACCCCUGGACAUGGAAAGACACCGCGUGUGCUAGACCGAAACAAGGAAAAUAUCUCCCACCUUAAUAGAAACACUCCAAGUGGCACACCGUUAAGGUCUCAGGAUACUCAAGAUCACACCUUCACCUUUAACUCUAUUGCUGGCUCCUAUUCGGAAUUUGCGAGGGACCUCUCGAAGGCUUCUAAAGCAAAUGUGAAGUCAGGACUGCUGAACUCCACUGUUGGUCAUCAGUGAUGCUUCAAAGGAGCGGCUCUGGCACAGAGGGUCACUCACCUCAAUGGUAGUUUGGUGUAGUUUUCACACAAUGGACAAGAGGGAACAAAAAAAUGUAAAUAUUUUGAUCUGUGUGAACAUUUUUCCAUUGUUCCCCUGCUGUAUGCAUCUCUCUGGCCUUCUGAUUCUUGUGCCACAGCUGUUGUGGCUUUUUAUUUGAUCAUUUUUAUUUAGGUGCGUUUAAGUGAAGCGUUACUUGCAAUCUAGAGCACUACUUUGUUUCACUAAUGUGAAAAUUGGACACGACUUUCUUCUUCCAGCUGGAAUGACAGCUAAACUUUUUCUCCAGAAACCAAAUGUCAGGUGAUUUUAGUCUUUUUCUUAACCUGUAAAUAAACGUUUUGAAAGCAGA